AUGGCCCUCCCCCAGAAAUCAAAAGCAGACUAUUACCAAAAGCUCAGUGGCAAAGAAACCACUGACGACUGGGAUAUUCUAGUGUCCUACUCGGAAAAGGAGUUGAACAGUUUACUUGACAAGGUCUGGGGCGAGAAGAAAUUCUUCUACAACCACACAUUCCCUGGUGCGAAGGAGACUGUGGAAGACGUUACGAUCGAGCACAGUUUCGAUCUGAGCUUGACUUCACCCCGGUUGAGCUUCGAUUCCAUGAAUAAUGAAGGACCAAAGGUCAAUCUCACCAUGGGAUUCACCGGAACAAUGAAAACAACGGUCACAGUAGGCAGUGCGAAACCAAAGGAAACAAAGAAGGACAUUCCUGCGGGUUCCGCCGAUUUGGUAAUGAAGGUUCCACUUACGUCUUUCAACCUUACCAAGAAGGAUAUCGAGGAUGCCAAGCAUAUCAUCCAUUUUGGAGACACGGGCGACAGCGAUCAUUGUGUGAUCUUUCAUUUCCAGAACAUGGGCUCUGAAUGGACUAUUGCGCCCCACGCAGGACUUGACAAGGUUGUGGAGGAACAGCUCAACAAGGCCGGCCCUUCAGUUCAAGCGUGGUUCAAGGAUAUCGAAAAUGUGGAUAUGAUUGAUUACGGGCUGGCCAAAAUCAAUACCAAAACUGAUCCAACAUCGAAACUGCUCCGCCCCAAGUCGUACAAGCUUGUCUCAUCCAAAGGACUGCUGAAUCUCUUCAUCCAGACCGAAGGUGGGAGUAGCAGUCCAGGGAAUGACCAGAAUACCCAGUUUGGACGUCGGUACAGCGACUUUGGCUUUAGUUCUAUACCACAGGACCACACGGCGUGUAUUAUCAUCUCUCGCGAACUUUUCUUCAAGAAGUUUCUCUUAGACAGGAUGGGCAAACUGUCCUCUGCGGUGGACGUGGUCGACAAGACCAAGUCUAAAAGCGAAUCAACCCCUGGUGCUCUCCUGGACAUCAAGUACAAGAAAUCAAUUAUUGUCCCUGGGAAAAGCUACUUCGUCUAUCCGAUCAAUUAUUACAUCGAAGAGUGUGAUAUUGAUUGGAAUGAGUAUCCCCUUCACCUUACACUUUUAGAUGAGUCACCUUAUACGAGCCCAAAAUAUAAAUGGGACUGGGAUUUUUCUGCCCAUACAAACUACUGGGCCAACGCUGCUAAGGUUGGCCUCGAGGUUAAAGCUAAGGUUGAAGGAAGCGAAAGAACCCUCGCAUGGGUGAAGGAUUUCAAGAUUGAUUUCGAUCUUUCACUAACCGACAGUGAUCAGCCAACAACGUGGACUGAGCCAGCCCACCCUGGUGCUGAACUCACACCUCAUGCCUCUCUUCCCAAAUUCAGUUUUGCCUUGGACGAGCUCAACUUCUUUGCGACCCAGAAUAUACUGGCUCCGGGUGAGAAGUUUAUUUCAGUCUCCGGUAUGAUGUUCCCUGGGGAUCUUGUGCUGAUGGGCACAAUUCCUGCGAAAUAA